AUUAUACAAAACCAAAAUGUUCUUAUCUCACUUGCCUUUCUAUUCCCGGAUUUGCCGCUUUCUUCUUCUUCUUCUUCAACAUCUCUCUCUCAAAAUUGCCCUUUUAAAGUUGUCUCCUUUCUACGCAAAAGUGAACGCAGAUCUUAAUGCAGCUACUCUGAUUUCGGUUUUUGGGUAAUUUAUUAUUCCAGUGAUUUGAUUGGCUCUUCUCAGCAUCUGGAUUUUUGCAAAGCAUUCUUAUUACUUCCACUGAUUCAAACAUGUGGAAGUUUAAACCGUUUACUCAAAAAGAACCUGCGGGUCUCGAAGGUCGAUUUCUCGAAAUUGGAAAUCUGAAAGUUCAGGUUAGAAACGUCAUUGCGGAAGGAGGUUUCUCCAGUGUUUACUUAGCCCAAGAUGUAAAUCACGCGUCAAAGCAAUAUGCUUUGAAGCACAUCAUAUGCAAUGACGAGGAGUCGCUUGAACUCGUAAUGAAAGAGAUCUCGGUUCUGAAAUCUCUCAAGGGACAUCCAAAUGUUGUGACGCUCUACGCACAUGGUAUCUUGGAUAUGGGGAGGAAUAAAAAAGAAGCUCUUUUGGCUAUGGAUUUUUGCGGCAAAUCUCUUGUGGAUGUGCUUGAGAAUAGAGGUGCUGGUUACUUUGAAGAGAAACAAGCUCUUACAAUUUUCAGAGAUGUGUGUAAUGCUGUCUUUGCAAUGCAUUGUCAAACCCCACGCAUUGCUCACAGAGACUUGAAGGCUGAGAAUCUUCUAUUGAGCUCAGAUGGACAAUGGAAGUUGUGCGAUUUUGGAAGCGUUUCUAAAAAUCACAAGAUUUUCGAAAGAGCAGAAGAGAUGGGCAUUGAAGAAGAUAAUAUUAGAAAAUACACAACACCAACAUAUAGAGCUCCUGAGAUGUGGGAUCUCUUUCGAAGGGAGAUGAUAAGCGAGAAGGUCGAUAUAUGGGCUCUUGGAUGUCUCUUGUUUCGGAUAUGCUAUUUCAAGAAUGCAUUUGAUGGAGAAUCAAAGCUGCAGAUCUUAAACGGGAAUUAUCGUAUUCCAGAAUCGCCUAAAUACAGUGCAUUUGUUACAGAUCUCAUCAAAGAAAUGCUUCAAGCUUCACCCGACGAACGACCAGAUAUUACACAGAUUUGGUUUCGUGUCAAUGAGCAGCUUCCUGCUAAUUUACAGAAAUCAUUACCGGAUCGACCACCUGAAAUGCAAUCUACUGGAGUCCAUGAUGGCUCAUCAAAAUCAGCAAAUAAAUCUUCUCCAGUACCUCGUAGAAGUCCGCCACCGCCGCCACCAUCUUCUGGAGAAUCAGAUAGUGGAGGACCACUAGGUGCCUUUUGGGCGACUCAGCACGCCAAAACCUCGGUAUUGUCAGAAGACAACAAAAGCAUGCCUAAAUUUGAUGAACCAAACAGUAACACAACUAAAUCUGAAAGAGUUCGUGUGGAUAGUCAACAUCCCAAGAAGCCUAGUCCUGUGAGAGGAGAGGUUCGUGGUAUGAAUUCUCAGAAGGAUACAACUCCUGCUGCAACCAAUAACAGGACAAGAGUGUCCAAGGAUGACGCCUUUAACUCGUUUGUUGCUGACUUUGAUACCACGAAGCUCGAUAAUGGUAAUAAACCUGGAAAAGAAGAGGCGUUGGAAGCUGAGAUAGAGAGGUUAAAAGACGAGUUGAAGAAAACAAAUUCAGAGAAGGCUGAAAUAACUGCUAAGUUUGAAAAGCUUUCUGCUAUCUGCAGAUCACAGCGGCAAGAGUUGCAGGAUCUCAAACAAUCCCUUGCUUCUAAAAGUGCCUCACCAUCACCGAGCAGAGACUCUUCACAAAGUCAACCCUCUCCAGGGAUGCAUUCCAUGUCAUCAACUCCAUCGAGAGAUAAGAUUGAAGGAACAAUGUGGGAACUUCAACAGGACAGAUCUAAUUGGUCAACUGGCAGCUCGGAUACAAAUUCAUGGCAACCUUUUAGUGAUGAAGCGAAACCCGUGAUGGAGUCUGCAUCAAAGGGUAACAAUAAUACGAUUAAUCAGUCUGUGAGAACCAGAAGUAAACCAGCUUCUGCUGCAGGUACUCAAGGUUUUGAGGCAUGGGGUUUUGAGACAGAAUCCUUCAGAGCCGCUGCCACGUCUUCAGCUACUACUGCUUCUGCAACACAAAGAUCUAUGGGCUCUGGAAACAACACUUCACAGAGAUAUGGGAACUCAAAGAUGAGAGAUAACCAGAAAACAGCUCAACCUGCUGGAUGGGCUGGCUUCUAAAACUCACUCAGAUGCUCAUUACUAUAUCUUCCUCUUGCAACAACAACAGCUUCAUGUUGCUGCCAUUACAGAAUCUUGAAUCCUUUUUUGUAGAUGAUGAUCAUCCCCUGUUUUUGUGCUGCUAAAUAUACCCCACCCAUAUCCAGUAUUUUUAUGUAGAGUCUUGAACUUUACACAUCUGGUUCCACUUCUCUAAGCUGUGGCCAAAUAUCUCAGCUUUUGGAUUAUUAAACAUAAAUACCGUAUUGGGAAAAAAAAAGAUUCAUACA